AUGGCUCUCCUGGAUAAUGCCGAUGGAAACAUGUUACAAAUAUCCAUCCUUUUGGGCGCGAUCCUCGGCGCAGCAAGUCUUCUGGUCUAUCUCUUUUCGCGACCCUCGUUUCCAAAGGAUGCGCCCCGCCUGACCAGCGAUUCGUGGCCGAUCCUGGGCUCUCCAACCUUCUUCUCGAAGCGCUGGGAGUUCUUCCGCGAUGCUGUAGCUCGUUCCAAGACGGGCAACUUUUCUUUCUACGUCGGACAGUUACCCGUGAUUGGCCUUUGGGGCCAGGAGGAACGGAAGCUGUUCUUCGAGCAUCGAGGUCUGAACUUUGGGGAGGGAUAUGGUGCGCUGUUUGCCGCUGCUCCCGAGGUCAAGCGGGACAACAAUCCGCUCGGCAAGGACGAGACACGCGGCGAUGAUUUCAACAAUUAUUUCCAGAGACGCCUCGUGGCGCUGCUCAAGGGACCGGUGUUGAAGAGGAACCUACCGACCUUGCUGAAGGAUGCCCGCGCCAAUCUGGACUCUCUAGGAUCAUCGGGGACCACGGACCCGUUCGAUAGCAUCUAUCGUAUGGUCUUCCAAUUCACCAUGCGGACUGUGGCCUGUAACGAAAUCGCCGAUGAUCCGCCGUUGCUAUCCAGGUGCCUCAGUCUCUACGAAACUGUAGAGAACGCCGCCGACCAGUGGAUGAUCAUGUUCCCAUGGAUGCCUUUGCUCUCCAAAGCACGACGCACAUAUGCCAGCGCGCAGCUAUACAUGAUCUUCAAGAAAGUCGUCGAUGACCGGAAGCGGCACGGUCGACACGAGGAAGACGCAUUGCAGUUCUUGAUCGAUCAAGGCGACGACCUCACCAAAAUCAUCACGUUUGUGCUCGGUUCGCUUUUCGCCGGACAGCUCAAUUCCGGGAUCAACGCCGCUUACAUUCUGUGUUACCUCGCGAAGCACCCGGACUGGAUCGAGCGAGUGAGGGAAGAAGUGACGGAUGUGGCGGACAAGUACUGCUCGGAUCAAUCUCUCCCGCUCAAAGAUCGCCUGAUGCAGGUCCCGAUCGAAGCUUGGGAGGGCGAAUUCCCCAUGAUCGAUCUGUGUUUGAAAGAUACCAUCCGACUUCAGAUGGCAGGAGCAUCAUUUCGGAAGAACACCUCGGGCCAUGCUAUCCCUCUGAAGAACGGAGAAGUCAUUCCACCCGGAGCGUACGUGGCCUAUCAUGUGAACGAGCUCCACCGGAACCCAGAAAUCUACGCCGACGUGGACAAGUGGGAUCCAGCACGAUACCUGCCCGAGCGAGCGGAGGAUAAGAAGCAGCAAUACGCUUGGAUGGGAUGGGGUAAGCUCAACAAAGCAAAGAAGAAAAAAACGCCCUUCGAUGGUCACCAACUAACAUGAUGGAAAAUCAGGUCUCGCGCGACAUCCCUGCCUCGGCAUGCGCUUCGCGAAGCUGGAAAACAACCUCAUCGUCGCCAUGUUCGUCGCCUAUUUCCACGACGUUUACGUUUCCGACCGCUACGGGAACCCGGCGGAAAUCCCUCCCCCGAACGAGAAUAACCUCACGGCUCAUAAGCCGGAUACUCCGGUCUAUCUGACCUACAAAGCUUGA